AUGCCGCACAACACGAGGUACCCCUCGCCGUCGUCGGCCUCGACAGGAUGCUCACACCACAGCUCCUCUUCCACCUCAUAUCACUACAGCCCAGUCCAACAAACCGUCACCAUCAACCGCCCAAAUGUCCCCGACUUCCGCUUCUGCAUGGAGCUCGGCCUCGUCCUCCGAAGCCGCACCCUCGACCACAAAGAGUCGGCCGGUCUCGAGAAAGAGCUCAGCCGGACCCUCACCAAGCAAAACAUCCCCAACUCGGUCAUCACCUCCCCAUUAAAACAAACAUCAUCAUCAUCAUCAUCCUACGCCGUCCAGGUGUUGGACAGCCCCUCCUCCCGCGAAUGGACCAUCACCACCGAAACCAGCAUCCCCGACCACGCCAAAGACCACCGCUUCGGCAUCAAGCUUGUGUCUCCCUUCAUGAGGUUCACAGCGACCAAGCACGAGUCUUGGCUCAAAAAGAUUUACACCCUCUUUCACGUCCUCGAGGCGAACUUUGAAGUCACGAGCUCCCACCAGUGCUUCACGCACAUCCACAUCGUCCCUGAGCGAGGGUACUGGACGUACGGGCAGCUGGAGUGCCUAGCCAAGUCUGCCCUCUAUUUCGAAUCCUGCCUUGACGAGCUUGUCCCGCCUUAUCGGAGGAAGUCAGUCUGGGCCAAGAGCAAUAGGUACAACGCCUAUUUCGGCUCGGCAAAGAGCAUGAGGCAGUGUUUUGACAAGUUUGACAAGGGGGGCAAGCUGGAUAUCAAUGGGCUGGCUAUGAGGAUGAACUGGUGCUCUGCUAGUUCUGCUACGGGGUUGUCGCUUUCGGAGGAUGGGCAGGAUUUCAUGACGGAUACGUACCGGUGGUCGUUCAAGGGGCUUGUUGCGCAGGGGGGGGACGGGUGCGGAACUGUGGCUUUUAAGCAGCCGCCGGGCAGCACGAGCGCGGAGGAUGCGGUUGGGUGGGUGAUGCUUGUGGGGUGUUUUGCGAGGUUGGCGUGCGUGCUUGGGGAGACCAUCAGGCCGGAGGAUAAGCCGUUGAUCAAGAGCUUGGGGGAGUGGUUAGUUUACGAGGCUAGCUGGUGCCAGCUGCCGAGGGUGAAGAUCUUGAAGGAUUUGCUAAGGCAGGCUACGCCUGAGAUGAGGGAAGUAGCCGGGGGAAGUAGGGGGAAGGGGAAGGAUGUGGAAGCUAUUACUAUUGAUGAGGAUUCGAGGUUGAGGGCGAAGCAAGGGGAGAGGGAGUUGGUGGGGGAGAAGUACUUGAGGAUGUUGAAGCAUAUUCACUGA